UCCUGCUUUUCGUGCCAGAGCCUGCAGCUGUCUCUGUUGCGUCCCUCUCCGCCGCUGCUGUGGGAAACCGUCGCCUCUCUCGUGACGAACCGACGCCAGACUUCACCCUUCGAGAGUCCGAGUAAAAGCCGAAGGACAAAUCGCAACUUACAAACAAUUUCCAACAGUGUUUGGAGGAGGUGAAUGAAGACACCUGACAGCCGCGCGCUGACUGAAAUCUUUUCCAACUGUGAAGGCUACAGGAAUGUGGAAUAAAAAUCUGUUUCAGCGUACAACCACCCGCCUCUGCCCCUGACACCAUGACCACGGACCUGAACUUAACCUCCUUACUGAAUGUCACGGAUCUCCACAACCACACCAGAGGAUGUUCCCUCACCAAGACCGGCUUCCAGUUCUACUACCUGCCCACGGUUUACAUCAUGGUCUUCAUCACAGGGCUGGUGGGCAACAGCUUGGCCAUAUGGAUGUUUGUGUGCCACAUGAGACCCUGGAGCAGCAUCUCCGUCUACAUGUUCAACCUGGCUCUGGCUGACUUCUGUUACGUCCUCUCUCUGCCCUUCCUCAUCUUCUACUACUUCAACAAGACAGACUGGAUAUUUGGGGAUGUCCUGUGUCGCCUGCAGCGCUUCAUAUUCCAUGUGAAUCUUUAUGGGAGUAUUCUGUUUCUGACCUGCAUCAGCGUCCACAGGUACACCGGCGUGGUGCACCCUCUCAAGUCUCUGGGUCGACUGAAGAAGAAAAACGCGGUCAUCAACAGCAUGCUGGUGUGGAUGGUGGUCGUUAUAGCCAUCUCACCCAUCCUUUAUUACUCCAGGACGGGCUUGAAGCGCAAUGCAACCACUUGUUACGACACCACCACAGAGGAUGAGCUACCAGGUUAUUUCAUCUACAGCAUGACUUUGACUGUGUUCGGGUUCUGCAUCCCUUUCAUCAUCAUAUUGUGUUGUUAUGGCAUGAUUGUCAAAGCGCUGAUCUGCAAUGACAUGAACAAUGCGCCCCUGCGGCAGAAAUCAAUCCACCUGGUCAUCAUCGUGCUCGCGGUCUUCGCCGUCUCCUACAUGCCUUUCCACGUGAUGAAGAACCUCAACAUGAGGGCCAGGCUGUACUUCCAGAGCCCCGACAUGUGCGAGUUUAAUAACCGCGUCUAUGCCACCUACCAGGUGACGCGGGGGCUGGCCAGCUUAAAUAGCUGCGUGGAUCCUAUUCUUUACUUCCUCGCUGGAGACACCUUCAGGAGGAAGCUGUCGCGGGCCACUAAGAAGCCCUCGAGGAAGGGGGACACUGUGCUUCAGUCUAAGAGUGAGGAGACAGCACUCAACAGCCUGGCCGAGUAUGUGGAGAAUGGGGAGCGGAGGCUGUGAUAGGGCAACGCUGAGUGUCUGGCACUGGGUGUGGAUCUCUAUUAGCUUAAGAGAACCUGAUGGACUAAGUAUUAAAUAAAAAAAUGCACUGUCUGGGACUGAAGGCUGAAUGUAGAAUUUAUCUGCCAAUGGUUUUUAGAGCUGUAGGAAAAAUAGUCCCUUUAACCCUGUGAUAACAUCACUCGUUUACAGCCUGUUGGUGUUGAUAACCUUUAGUACUGUAUGGUACCAUACAUGUAUUGUACUCCAAACGUUAGAGCUAUUACUCUUCCUUCUUACACUUUGUGUUCACAAAAUGAACAUUACAAUUGGGCAGGAAGUGGGGCCACAGGUUGCCAUACAGGGAAUAAUGCCCCACGCAUCAAUUUGAGUGAGAAAAGGAUAGCACCUUCUCCAGCCACUGAACUGAUGCUUAAUCAAUAGCUAUUAAGCAGGUGGGAAUUUGUGGUUAAAGAAGUGUACCUUGGAUGGCUUAUAAAAGUAAAUGCACUGAAGGUGAUAUUGCUGCACGGACGUGCCAUGCAGAUGUUGUAAUGCACUAUGACCAGGGACUCUCUGGUCAGAGGAUGACCUAUCACUCCUCAUUUCUUUCUCCAUCCAUUACUGACUCAGUCAGGAUUGUGGUCGACCACUUUUUCAUUUUGAAAGCUCUGAGGUUAAGGGUCCCCACUAGCUCUGGUACCACAGUCUCCCUCUCCUUGUUAACAUGUUCCCUUCAGAGCAACAAAAGAAAAGCAUACAGUAUUUUUGUGUAUAUAAUACUAUGAUGAAUGUUUUUGUUUUUUUUGAGGUGUACUUUACAGAAUGUCGUGACGUUCCAGACGAGUUUGUGUCGUUAACUGUUUUUUGUUCACGUCACUAAACCCAAACCUUUAGUGCAUGAGUUCAGCAAAAAAUCCAAUCAGUGAAACACUUAACCAACCACGGCAGGUUUUAACUAACUGUUUAUUACGGCACAGGGAUUAUUAUCUUAAACACACACACUUACCUGCUAUGUGACUCCAUCAAUAUUGAAGAUUGUUUUGCAUAUAAGAUACCUCAAAGUAAAUACUGCACUGUGUUUGUGUAGAUAACCGUUGUUUUGUACCUGUUGUAGUCAUUCUGGAGAAAUUACUGUGGAGCUUUCACUCUCUAUAUAUAUAAAUAUAUAUAUUUUACCCUGAACUAUAUAGAUGUUUGAUGUCUCUACUAAUACGUUUGUAUAUCUGAAAUGUGGUCAGCAACUAUCACAAGAAAGGAAGUGAAACACCUGUACAGGAAA